GCUUUCUGCGCGCUCGUGUCCAAUUCCAACAUUUCGAGCGAAAGGCGCAGAAUGAACGCGGAGCGAGUUCGUGUUAGUAAACACAAGCAGAGUGAAGACGGAAUAAAAGAGCGCUGACACGAAAAGCGGAAUAAAAGCAGCACUGACACACACAUUCAAGCACUGGCGGGCGGUUUUGCUGACUCCGCCGAUGGAUGAUGAGGAGGAUGAACAGCUUCCUCACUGUUGUGAAACACCGCUAAGAAACAAGAGCUCAGAGAACAGAGACGGCCCACGAGGAGAGGUGGGACAAACGGCUAACAGACACGGACGCUUUGAAGACAGAUCGACGCAGACUGCCAGAACUGUGCUGAAUUCAGCGAGAGACAGAGAUAUGGCACCAUUCCAGGGUCUAGAGAGAGAUGCAUCAUCUCCCUGCAGAGCUGUGGAGGCCAGGACUGCAUUUGGGGCUAACUGUGGAACUGGGGGCCUCGCAUCACUUACUAUGGCCCCUGGGGCCCCAGAAGGGCCAAGAGCACUUUUUCAUGGAAAUGCUGGAUUUCGUUCACACUUCCCCGCACUGUUCGAACCCGUCCCGGAUGGAACACAAAACACGGAAGAGGAUGAAGGGAGACCAGAAGAAAAGGAAGACGAACGUGACGUGGGAAUUAGUGUGGAGAUUCAGAUUGGACGUAAACUGCGUGAAAUGGGGGAUCAGUUUCAGCUGGAACAUCUUCAGCUGUUCACUCAAAGGGGCCAGAUGGGUUUGUUCCAGCUAGUGACGACCCUCUAUAACUUCCUUUUUCCUCAAGAAAGACCCCAGAAUGCAAGAGCCCAGAGAUGAGAGGCCACGGCGCACCUGUUCAGGACCCAAAUGAGUUUUACACAGCACUGUAAGAUGCGCAGAUCUGGAUUUACAUGGCUCAAAAAGAAGAAUGCCGCUGGUCACAGACUUCCCUCCUUUUUCUGAAGAAGCCAUUCUCAAAAUGGAGCGUUGGAGGAAAUUUUCUGCAGGUUGCAUAUCAAUAUGAAGAUAUUAAUAUUCUGCCUUAUAUUUCCCCAACACAUUCACAUAUGAGCGGAUCUCAGCGCCUUAAUAAAACCCUCAGAAAAAGAAAGAACUGCUUUAAUAGGCAACAAGCUGUGAGAAUACUCAAGGUCAAAAGCAUUUGAGUAUUUGUGCUGACUUCAAUACACCUACCGAACUCCGACGCACCCCAGAACAGACUCUUCAUCUUUCUCUACUGGUGUAUCACGGCUUAUGCUUGAUUCAUUGUUGUUAACAGUGUUAUUUGGACAGAGUUGAAAGACAGAACGGAUGUGAUGAGAUGCAAUCCAGAGGCCAGUAACAUCAUAGAGGACCGACACUUUGUUCAAAUGCAGAAAAACAACUUGAACAUCAGGUUUUGAUACCUGUAUAACAAAAAUUAGCCAUUUCUGAGAACACAAGAAACAAAUAUGAAUUUUGUGAUUUUAAAGGAGUCAUUUUUUCUAAUUAAGAGAGAAUGUACCAUAAAAUUAACAACAAUUUUACCCUUCUGAAAUAUUAGUUUGCCUUACUGUUCUGAUGUCAUACAUCACAGGCUUUACAUAAUGACAAGAUUUCUUUUAGGCACUGAAGUAUUACUUGAGAUAUCAGUAUUUAAGGCAUCUCUUCAGUAAUUGGUGACAUUCAAAAUGUGCUCAAAGAGCAAUACACCAAAUCAUAUUUUACAGUACAACUCAAGCGAUAAAUGCAAUCAAUAGCUAAUCUAACCUACAAGUUACCAUAUAAGAACCUAUUAAAGUUCUAGCAAGAGUUGUGUUGGUAUAUAUGUCAAUCAAUAGUAAUUACACAGAGGUUUUUAUUACUGUAAAUGUCUUAAGGUGUCCUCUGGAUAGCGUAAAUAUGCUUUAAUUAAAGGGUCAGUUCGCACAGAAAUUAAUAUUAUGUAAUCUGUUACUCACCAUCAUGUCAUUCCAAACAUUCCUGUGUUAUUUUCUUUCUGAUAUGAAUAUUUAAGAGUUUGUAUAUGAUAUGCGAUAAACCCGGGUAAUUUAUUUUCCACACACAUAUAUAUAUAUAUAUAUAGAUAUAUUUGUAAACUCAUAUUGUAAAGUGAAAUUAAUUAAAAUAUGAGAUUAAUAAUUUAAUUUAUCGAAAAUAGAUAUCGUUCCAUGCUUUUUUUUGAGGUACAAUCUACUGAGGUGCCUGUACUUUUGCGGUUUACAAUUUCACAUGGCUUGCUUGUGCAUUAUCGAUAGUUUAAUACACAUAAUGUCGUCAGUAUAGUGUUAGAGACCAUGAAGACGGUGUGAAUAUAACACAGACUGUCAGAGUCCACAAAAUCCACAUCAUUCCUUUGCAAUUAUUACGAUUUCAGACCAUUUCCUCAAGACUUUCCACGAAGGUGAUGUUCCAGUGCUGUGUGCUGUGUUCUUGUCCUGUUGUUCUUCUGACAGGUGUGCCUCAAAUGCUUGUGUAUUGCUAACGAUGACACUUGCAGACAAUCAAACAGCUGAAGGUGCCUUAGAACAGCAGGCCAACGAUGAAGGUUUGGGAGCACCCAAACGUGUGGAUUAUAGAUCACAAACGAACACGCAUCGCAGCCGGGUGCAUAAAUACCUCCAGCUGAACAACAGGGAGCUCAAACAGACUCUCAAAGAGAAUCUGAAGUGAUGAUUUGCAGGAACAGGCUGCUGCUGCUGCUGCCUCAUUCAUCUGAAAUGCCCUUUCAAAUGCACUUGUCUCAGAAAGUCGUCAAAGGAGUAAAAAUGUCGAGCUGUUUUUUACUUUGUUUGGAAUGUGUACGGGACGUUACUACUGGUUCUUUUUUAAUUUUGCUACUUAAAAUUAUUACACAGUUUGAUAAAUAUAUUAAAUGCUGUUAUAAAAUUGUGAAAUAAGAUGUCUUUUUUUACGUAUAUCAUAAAUGCUGUCAUAUAAAUGCUGACACUUUUUCUGCAAUGUUCACCGCAUUAAAAAUUUAUGGAUAUUCAUUU